AUGGUAAGUGAUGUUCCUGUUCUUAAUGAAUAUCCUGAUGUUUUUCCUGAAGAAUUGCCUGGACUUCCUCCAGAUAGGCAAUCUAAAGCUGAUCAUGCCAUCCAUAUUCGCGAAGUAUUAGAACUUCUUCGAAAAGAGAAAUUAUAUGCUAAAUUCUCGAAAUGUGAAUUUUGGCUUCGCCAAAUUCAAUUUCUCGGCUAUGUGAUUUCUUGUGAAGGUAUAUCUGUAGAUCCUACCAAAAUUAAAGCCAUUCAGAAUUGGGAAGCGCCUCGUAAUGCUUCUGAAAUUCGUAGUUUCUUGGGUCUUGCGGGAUAUUACCGGAGUUUCAUUAAAGAUUUCUCACGUAUAGUUGUACCUCUCACGGGUCUUACACGGAAGGAAGUGAAGUUCGAAUGGAGUGAAGCCCAAGAAAAAGCUUUAUCAACUUUAAAAUAUCUUUUGACUCAUGCUCCAAUCGUAUCACUCCCAUAA